AUGCACGCCUGUCAGAUUUGCAAUGCAGUCUUCAUCUGUCUUGAUAUCUACCAGAAGCACCGCAAAGAACAUGCCAAGACGGAAAAUGUCGAUCUGCUUGCCUGCAGCUAUUGCCCCUAUGCCACUGACAACCCCUUUCACUACAACUGGCAUUCAAUGUCCCAUGCUAGCGACCACCCACAUCAGUGCGACUUCUGUAGACAAAAGGACAAAAACGGUUCAGGUGCAGGCAAUGAAAAUGAUCUUAAUGACCCUAUGCGACCUGGACGAAUUUCGGAAAGCUUUGUUACCUUUGGGAAACGAUCCAUCGCGACGCAAUCCUCUUCUGAUGAUCUCAACUCACCACCUCCACCUCACCAGCUGCACAUUCCACCAAAGACGAUAGAGAAUCGCGGUAACAUCUACCAGAAUCUCGAACAUAUCGAGAAUAAUCAAUUGGACGAUAAUGAGUUCGAAGAAAACAAUGGAGAUGCCAGAAGUGUUGCUGAUGAUGUCGAUGAACCGCCAAAUGCUGAAGAAGAAGACAACGAUGAUGACAAUGAGACAGAAGAGGAAGAUGAAGACAAAUAUUCGUCAAUAAAUGAAUGUGAUAUCGUCAAUGGUGGCAGUGCUAACUAUCAAGAAAAUGAAGAUCUUAUUCAACAACAACAACAGCAACAACAGCAGCAGCAGAAUCAACAGUACGAACAACAGCAAAUCUAUUACGGCGAUUCAAACCAAAUGAAUGGCGACUAUGAGCAGGACGACGACGAGGACGAUGGUACAGUCGAAGAUGAAGAAGCACAGGAAAUGAUUCAACAGGAGGAGCAGCAGCAACAGCAGGAGUAUCAAGAUUAUGGAAAUAAUGAGGAGUAUGCAAAUGAAGACGAAGAAGAUGAAGAGGAAGAAGAGGAGGAGGAAGAGGAAGAUGAUGACGAAAACACCUACGACAAUGCAGACCAAAGUGGUGACGGUGUAGUGGAGAUGAACAACGGCAUUGAUAGGAAAAGCGGCGACGUGUAUGAUUUCAAUUCGGAUGAGGAAGCGCCGACGCCGCAAUUUCAACAGAUUCAGCAGCAGCAGCAGCAACAACCUCAGCAGGCGACCCUUCUCACCAAUGGAACGCCCAUGGCCGUGCCGAUGGCUGCCCAGCUUCAGCCUCAUCCUACCGAGCUUCACCCGGCCAUCGUCACUGCGCCGAACGGAAUGCCAGCACAGUGCCAGCCGGCUGGAAAUUACUUUCAACUGGACCCUUCAGCGGCCAAUGGCCAAAUUCGCUUUGUCAGUAUUCCGGCGACGUUCAAUCCAGCACAACCACUCCACCAGCAGCCACAGCCGCAACAGCAACAUCAACCGCAUCCGCAGCAGCAGCAGCAUAUGCCUCCGAUUCAUCAUCACCAGCAUCAUCAGCCAACUGCAAUUCAAGUGCCACAGCCCCUGCAAGCAGCCCAAACUCAAUCGAUGCAGCCUGCUCCUAUGCAGCAGCAAACACUAUCAAAUGUCCCGCAAACGCAGCAGCCAGCGCACCAGGGCGGCCAGAGUAACGCCACUGCGCCUAGAAAGCGGUCGAAGAAGAGCGCCAGUGAACAACACCUUCCCCUAGAGCUUAAUGGCACUCCGACGACCAAUGGUGAUAUCAUUACCAGCAUCAACCAGCCUUUUGUGCCCACCAAAG